UACCCGGCACAUUGGUCAGACCCCCUGGCGUGGAUAAUGGUUACAUCUCCACCUCAAUAGAGAGCAAGUUCGAGCGCGACUUUUGCCAUGACCCUGGAUUGAGCUUAGAGAAAAGGGCUUCGAAGGACCAGACUAUGAUUGCUGUACUUGAUCUGACCACACCUACUACCUGGACAGAGAUGUCGGAGUACUUUUUGGCAGUGCAAAAGCAUUGGAAAAUAUGCGUUAACUGCGGCAUUCCAGGUCUCGGCACCAGCAUGCACCUGGACAACUUCGGAUCAGCUGGAGGUGGAACUUAUCCAGCUGUCAUACCGCCAGAGUAUCUGCUCACUAGGCUGAAAAUCAUCGACGUCAGCAAACAAGCCAAACGCAACCCAGAUUUCGUUUUAUCUCUGAGCAUAGCGAUGCAAUGGCCCGCCAUCAAGAGGGACUCCCAGGAACCCACGCUCCUUCUCUUCAAGUUCGGAUGGGUGGAACCCCCCAAUAUUAAGAGGGGCUGCGUAUGUAAUAUGCCUGGCAUAAGCUUCGAGCUGGCAAAAUGGAUAGCUGGUAACCUGAGUCACGUGGUUGGUGUAGCUACCGACACCCCCACCGUUGAGAGCCAUGAAACCAGGGAAUUCACUACCAGAACCAACGCCAAUGUGCUGGGGAGAGCCGGUGUGUAUAUGAUCGAGAAUGUACGUGUACAUAAAAAAGUUCCAGAACAAGGCUGCAUGGCCCUAGCGUUACCUCUGAAGAUGCUGCAGUCUGUACACGUGCCGACCCGCCUGGUCGCGUUCUGUCCGACCAGACAGACAGACCAAAAGGUCGUCAUGGGCCUGAGGAAGACCGACAUGACGGAGAUGAUAAGCAGGGACCAUGAGGUCAAACUGGAUGACCUCAUGGCCGUCAAUAGCAAAGCUUAAGUUGUUGAUAAUAUCGUGGUAUUGCAUUUUCGCCUUAACUGUGUGAAAUGCGGGGCUAUUCACGAAUAUAUGAAAUACGAUAAGUGCCGUGUGGUUCCUAGCACCAAUAGAAAA